AUGUCCUCGCCCUCCCGUUUUGGGUUCCCCCGUCGUCGCCCGUCGCCCGCAUGGCCCGCUUCCGACCUCGACCCGCUCUACUAUCACGAUCGCUCAAACAAGGCCCUAUUACACGCCCUCUUCCCAAGCCACGGGGAUCCAUACAGGCCAUCUCUCGCUCCUCAUUCGCUGCAUCCACCAUUCUCCACCCUUCUGCACGUCGAGAGUUUGGCAUGCUGUGCCCUUUGCUCGGUCAGCGUCCUCAUCUUCAACUGCGACGUCCAGUCCGAGACUCCCAGCCGGGCGACGGUAGAAUCCGCAUUUAUGAUGCGUGAUGUCGCCUCGAACCUCGGAUAUGUGUAACCUGACACGGUGAUGGAUCCCUCCUACUUAUUCGGACGAGUAUCAGCACAAUCAGGCGACUAGCAGCUGCGCGACUUGGAGAUCCCACCUUGACCUGCGCUGUCUCGAAGGUGACUAGCGGUAGCUAGCGGCUCGUCCACCGUGCGAUUCUACUUUGACCUGCGCAAUUGCCUUCUCUGCUUCGGGGGGUUCGACUUGGCCGCUAACCCGAUCAGUAUCCGCCCGCCUUCGGGAUGUCGGUCUCCUUUACACGUGCAAUCGAUAGUCCCACUGACUGCUUGCCGCCACGAGUGGUUCUCGCUGGUAUCAAUCGUUGCAAUACGAGCGGGGACCGACAUCCCCUAGAAAGCCGGCGUUCUUUCCUCUACUCUCCCGAGAAAGUUACCGGUCAAUUUUCUCUGCUCCCCGUUCAAUGUCCAAUCUCUGCAACUCGACAUCUGACGCGGUGGGAGAUGUGUGUAUGUCCGCGGAAAGAACGAAAUCGGGUAAACGUUCUCAGGAUGAUAAGCACAUCAUCCCUCAUUCCUUAUGCGUCUUUGAGGUCCUCCUCUCAGGUCGAAUGAAUGAACCCACCGGACUGGGGCGGCGUUUGGUCUCAGCUGCAUCUCCAGAGCGCCGCCUCACAUUACGUCCAUCGGAUGCACAGCCGUUCGACGAAUCCUCACACGCACGAGCACGGAUCUGCGGUAUCAUCUAUACCACUGGAGGCAAAG